CAUUUGUUAUGAGAAUCAAACAAAUUAAAAACUUCCGUAUUCUGUUAACCAACAGGAUAAGGGAUGUAAACUCAUAAAAAGAAAUGCUUUUUUACACACAGGGCGUUACAACACUGCAGAAUUUUAUUUUAUUCUUGUUCAUUCCUCGUACAUCUCAGGGGUGUGAUGGAAAUCAUGGUUGUUGUUCGGGAUAUGCUUGGAAUGAAACAUCACAAACAUGUUCUCCAUGCAUGGACGGAUAUGUUGGACUUAAUUGCGAGAAGACCUGUCUGUAUCCUAAAUACGGUUUUAGAUGCCAACACAUUUGUAACUGUAACCAGACUAACUGCAAUUUUUCCAUAGGCUGUCCUUUGCCUCAGACUGCUGACAUACCCAAUGGAACAUAUUCUAACGGAGAAACACAGAGUAUUUAUUCUUCCUCAGGAUCGACAACAGUAUUCAGGAAACGAGAAAGACAUUUAAAGAAUAAUAUUGUUUCUUUGAGUGCUUUAGUUGUUUCUUGUUCAUUAAUUUUUAUCGUCAUCGUUUACGUUAUUUGUCGGACACUAAAGUCAAAAGGACGAGGCAGUUUUCGACAUCCUAGUGAGGAUACAGGAGACAUACCUCAGGCAAAUGAAAAUCAUUAUUCUGAGAUCAAGGAAACGAAUAUGGUAACCCAGAUCGACAUGAAAAUGUAGAAAUGAAUCCAUAAUUUAUUUUUAUUGUGUGUAACAAAUAAAAAAAAAUUAAAAUUAGAA